AUGCCUUCCUCCAUUAUUUAUCCUGGAUUAAAUGAGGCACUCACGAACUCUGGCAUCGGCACUGAAAAUGCAGAUAUAGGUUCAGGAGGAUACUUGGGUGUUGUUGCUGACACCUGUGGUUUCGAUGUUGAGGACUUCAACAUGGAUGGUGACAAUAUCUCCUACAACUCUGGGCUCAAGGCGCCUGAGAGCCUAAUCAGUAAUAUCAAACUCAGAUCAUCUGUUCCUUCUGACCUGGAAGAUGCACUGAUUGAGCUUCAUAACCUCUCACGGAAGAUGGUCCAGUACAAUGUUGCAUUUCAUCAUGCCCAGAAAGAUCUGUGGAGAAGUCAGACACAGCUAAUGCUCCAAGAGGAUGAGAUUGCUGAAAACAGGAAAUUUCAUUCGGACUCGCUUUACCGCAACAAGAGGCAAGUAUAUGUCAUAAAGGAGUUGGUCUUGCGUCUUUAUAAAUCACAAAUGGAGGCAGAGGUCGAGCAUAGGGAGCAGCAUCUGAAGCAGUUGAAGACCAUCGAGGAUUUGGAACGACGUCUCAGCACCUCUGAGAACAACAAAUAUCUGUCAAAUAUUGAGGAGUUGAAGGUUCAGCUGGGCCGCAAAAAGCUUCUUUGUGGGAAUGUAGCCAGAAUUCUACUCAAUGAGCACAAUCCUGCAGUUGCUGUGGCAGAGUCUCUCCGACUCCUGACCCCUUCAUCUGAAAUUUUCUCAAAGUCCACUGCCGAGGGCCUUUCCAUCAAGGCUGAACAGCAACCAAAUUUGUUCCACACUGCAGUAGCCAAACAGUUGCUCGAACUUGAGGACGAGGCAUGGAGAGGUUAA